AUGCUUGCUCCUCCUGGCACCGCCCUGCCCAAGUUGAAAAGAUGCCUUGCAGAACUCCUUCGCACUUGCGUGCACCCCUCCGCGCUGCUCCUCCGAGUCGAACACGUAUUUGGGAAAGCGCAGGCGGGUAGCCAUAGAAACCGUGCAGUGGAACGAGACGACGAACAAGACGACGACCAAGAUCAAAUUCUCAUCAAUACUGGCGUUGACCACGGCAACGAAUCUGUGCCAGGGUCAGAUGACACGUGGUGCGUUCGUCUCGCAGUCUCGGAUGGCCACCUCCAGAUCCAGGCCGUGAUAUCGCCAGCCCUCCUCUUUGAAACAAAGGAACUCUGGGAACUACAACGAGGGGACCUGAUCGAAGUACACAAGUUCCAAGUGAGGAGCGCACCUCGAGUGAGUGGAAAAGGUCGGGUGAUCUACCUGGGGAUACGGGAUUGCGAAUGGGUUGGCCGGGACAGAGACAAAGCAGAAGAAUCCGAGGGAAAGGACGGGCUUGAACUUGAAGGUGGUUUUCUCCGCGAGGAGCAGGACGACAUGUUUCGCAGAAAGCCGAAUGCCCUUGGGGAAGACUUGACCGCUGCUUCAGACAAAAGCGGGACUAAGAGAAGGGACGCUGGUGACCGCGCUAUCAGAGUGCAUCCUUCCAAGAACACACAGAGCAAACCGAACUCGUCCAAACUCGCGCAGAAGGCUUCUCGGAAUCCAUCAGAGGAUGAUUCAGAUGACGAUCAGGGCUUCGAUACGAUCUUUGUGUCCCAGUCCCGGCUUGAGCAGCGCAGGCAAGCACUUCGUCAGAUCCAGCAACCGCCGUCGUCCACAGAGGAGGCUACUGUGAGCCGAUUGCAGCGAGGAGGAGAACAGAACCAAGGAGUGACACAAUCUGACUUUGCAGGCACAUCAGUUGUGUCCACGUCGAAUCGCUCCCAUCGAGAUAUCGAGGAUCAUGACGGGAACCAGCCUAUCAGCGAAGUCACCGCAACCCACAGUUACAAUUCCCUCGCCCAUCCCCAUCACCAACCGACCGACCUUGCAGGCUCAAAUACUCCGCCUGCGCCGCACGAGGACCCCAGUACGCACCCUAGCAAUACAACGUCAGUGUCUCCAAUUGACAGCCUCGCUUCGCUCCUCGCGCUGCCUAUUCAGAAAAGUUACUCCUGCAGCGUCCUCGCCCUGAUAUCCUGGGUAUCACCCUCGCUGAUCCACCGACCGAACACGCCCUUCCCACCCAAACGCCACAUCAAGAUCCACGACCCGUCCAUAUCGCACCGCACGUCCGGUGUCACGGUGUUUGUAUUUGUGGACGCGCAGACAUUCCUCCCGUCUGUGGGCACCGUGGCGCUGUUUAGCGGGCUGGUUAUGAAUAGAGUCCGAAGAGGCUCCGCGGACGGCGAAGGGGACGUGAUUUUGAACAAAUACCCUACCAAGAUGGGGAGCCAGAAAGUGGAGAACGAGGACGGAGAGUCCGCUGGUGCCUACGACGGGGAAAGUGGAGGCGAAGGACAAGGGCAAGGAGAGUGGUUCAUUUGUGACGAGGCCAGAUUGGUCGGGAUGGGCUUCGACGUGCAUCGAAUCAAGAUGUGGUGGGAGCAGAGACUUGCCGCCAGGAAGAGCAAAUAG